AUGUUCAGGGACGUGUCAGCGUGCAACAGCUACAACUACGGGGACGCCCUCUAUUGGGACGCCCGCUACGUGCACGAAGCCAAUUGUGGUUCCUUCGAUUGGUACCAGCGCUAUUCGGCCCUCCGCCCCUUUAUUCGGAAGUAUAUUUCUCCGAUUUCGCCCGUGCUCAUGGUUGGCUGUGGAAAUGCCGUUAUCUCCGAAGACAUGGUUAAAGACGGUUUCGAAGAUAUAAUGAACAUUGACAUAUCAUCUGUGGCUAUUGAGAUGAUGAAGAAGAAAUACAGGCACAUACCUCAAUUGAAGUACAUGCAAAUGGAUGUUAGAGACAUGAGUUUCUUCUCAGAUGAUUCAUUUGAUGGCAUUAUUGAUAAAGGCACCCUUGAUUCACUGAUGUGUGGCACUGAUGCUCCGAUUAGUGCUUCUCAAAUGUUGGGGGAAGUAAGCAGGCUUCUUAAACCUGGAGGAGUUUAUAUGUUGAUAACAUAUGGUGAUCCUACUGUGCGUAUGCCACAUAUAAAUCGACCUGUUCACAAUUGGAAAAUUGAACUCUACAUUAUACGUAAGUGA